AUGCCAGGAGAGCUGCUGAGGGAAUCCAGCUGUUGGAUGAUGGGGGAGCUGAUGUGUGCCCUGUAUCUGUACGUGGCCUAUGUAUCAGUAUCCGCCUCCGUCAUCGACAUGGUGCUGAUCUCUGUGGACCGCUAUAUGGCCAUCUGUGACCCGCUGCACUACAGUGGCCGCGUCACCAUGCAGCGUGUAUCGGUGGGUGUGGCUGGUGCUUGGGCCUUCUCUCUGCUGUACUGUGCACUCAUCCUCAGAGACAACCUGCUGCACCCAGAGCAAACGCACACCUGUCUGGGAGAGUGCCUGCUGGUCUUUGACUUUGUGUCUGCUGCUGUGGAUAUGUUUGUAGGCUUCAUCCUGCCAGUGGGUGCUAUACUCAUCAUAAACCUGAUCGUGCUGGUGGUGGCGCUGGCGCAGACACGCGCCAUGCACACUCAGGUUAACCACUCAUCACAGCGCGUGCCUAAGAAGUCCCAGCUGAAGGCCGCACGCAGCCCUGGGGGUGCUGGUGGGCAUCUUCCUGGUGUGUUUCACUCCGUACCAAUGCUUCAGCCUCGUGGGGGGUGA